UUUCUGAGCUCUAUUCCAAACCAUAAGAACGUCACUCUUACCUUCCUUUUUCACUACCCAUCUUAGAAAUGCUUCCUUUCCUGAUCCCACUCUUCUGCUCUCUCUCCCUCAGCCUCCCAUCCCAUGAACCCAGCUUCCCACUCAUUGCUUCCUUGGUCAUAUAGUGGGCUCAGGCGGUGGUGGAGGAGAUGGACUUGGGUGGGGUGCUGGGCAUGGAUGCAUUAGUGGGAGCCUCAUCUGAAAGUGGCAACCUCUUCUCUUCUUCCCUGCUCUCCCAAGAGACCGAGGUCGGCAGGCAAAGAGGAGUCUUUCUGUCUGCUUUUCACAAGCAUGAAAGGCCUGCUGAACCUGCGGACUACGAUUUGAGAUCCUUCAAGAUGGCCAGGAGUGAGGCAUUGGUUUCGGCGUCGACAAAGGCAGCUCAUUUCCUCCACAGAUCUAACUCCCUUCCUCUCCUUCCUGACGGAGAGCAAAUGCUCAGCUUCUCAUCGACAUCCAAGCAGAGUGACAUGGCUAUCGCCAGCGAUGGGACCUUGCCUUACUACAACCACCCAUCGGCGCCUUCCUCAACACAAUGUUAUCUCAGGAAUGCAGCUUUGUAUUCCGGAAGCUCUAAUGCGAACAUGCAAGGGGUUCUGGCGAGGGUCAGGGGACCCUUCACUCCGUCUCAGUGGCUGGAGUUAGAACACCAAGCCUUGAUCUACAAGUACCUCGUUGCAAAUGUGCCCAUACCGGCCACUCUGCUCAUUCCCAUCAAGAGAAGCCUCGGUGCUUCUGGGUUCCCUCCCCUGUCAGCUGGAUCUUUUGCUUCAGUUGGAUGGGGACCAUUCCAUCUGGGGUAUUCUGGAAAUGCUGAUCCGGAGCCUGGUAGAUGCCGUCGGACUGAUGGGAAGAAAUGGCGGUGCUCAAGAGACGCAGUUGCUGACCAGAAGUACUGUGAGCGACAUAUCAACCGGGGCCGCCAUCGUUCAAGAAAGCAUGUGGAAGGUCAAACUGGCCAUGCCGCGAAAGCAGUGUCCGUCAUCACAUCGUCGCAGUCAGCUUCAGCUGUUCCUGAUGCCAUUUCAUCUGGUAGCCUCACCAAUUCACAGCGGCAGAGUAAAAGCUUGCAGCCAAACAUCGCUGAUCCUUUCCAUGCACAGUCCAAUGGGGUGCUGAUUAACAAAGAAGAUCAAAAUGAUCCUUCGCAGAAUUCAAAGGGCCUGUCCGUGCUAAGUCCUGUGAACCAGAAUUCCAUGAACAACUUAUUUCCCGUCUCAAAGCAACACAAUCCCUUUGAGGAGACCUCAUCGGGAAGGGACUUUGGGUUCAUUUCCACUGAUUCACUUUUAAAUCCUCCCAGCAGUUCAUUCUCUGAUAACAUCAGUUUUAUCCCAAACUCAAAGCCUGAGGUACAUUCCCAUCCCCUUCGACACUUCAUUGAUGUCUGCCCCAAAACCCAGUCUGAUCGUUCAACCGUCACCUGGCCUGAUGUAGAAGACACACAACUUAAUAAAACCCAGCUGGCUAUCUCAAUCCCCAUGGCUUGCUCUGACUUUUCAUCUUCGUCCUCAUCCAACUAUGACAAACUGCCACUUUCACCUCUCAAGUUAUCAAGGGAAUAUGAUCUAGUUAACACAGGUCUAGGAGUAGGUUUGCUGAAUGAAGUGUGUCAUCAACAGGUUUGUUGGAAACCGGUCUCCUGGGAGGCUUCCAUGGCUGGACCUCUGGGGGAGGUUCUGACCAGCACUAAUCCCACUCCCAAGAACCAAAGCAAGAACUGCUCAUCAUCAUCAUCGCUAAACUUGUUGAGCGAUGGUUGGGACUCGGGCUGUCAGUUAGAAUCUUCACCGACUGGUGUCCUACAGAAGGCUUCAUUUGGUUCACUGUCCAGUAGCACUGGAAGCAGCCCCAGGGCAGAGAACCUGAAGAUUCAUGAGAGCACUGGCAGCCUGUGUGACGACCUCCUCGGUUCAACAAUUGUAAAUGCUCCUACUGUUCCCUCGUUGUGACCUUCUGACAGGACCACCAUGAGAAGAUGCAUCAUCCGAACGAAAGAAAAUGAGAUGAUGGCUGUUGGUAACUAGUGGCGACUUUGCUAAUCAAGAACUUGGAUACAUUGGGUUCUAAUUUUAUAGCUGUGUUGUUUACUUGUUCUUUUGUCACUGUACCAUGUCCUAUGUUCAGAAACAGCUCUGGAUGACUCAGAAUUGUUGCCUUCAGAAACAAAUGCUAAGCUUAUAUUGCCCUGUGUUUGUAUGCAGCUAUCUGUUAUAGGACUUCCAAUUCGGCUCGACAAUGUCUGAUGAUUUCAAUAUGAAAUUUUCCCUUCAGGCA